CAUACGAUCGACAUGUCGACUCGGCGGCAGCGACGAUUGGUCGACAAAGCAAUCCCCUAAUUUUAAAUCCUCUUUGUGUAACCCUCAUCGUCACCCGAAACCCCUAAUUCACCGUCUCUGUGUGUGUAUUCCGGCGAAAUUUAUCGAUGGCAGUUUCGAAGCCGACCUUCUUUACCCACCUCAAAGCCCUAACUGGAUCCCAUCGUUUACUCCGGUACCAAGCUCCGGCACCUCUGUCCGUAACCCUCCGUUUUCUCUCGUUUGCUUCGCCGGAGGAGGCUGCCGCUGAACGACGUCGUCGGAAACGCCGCCUCCGUAUCGAACCCCCUCUCUCUUCCUCAUCUGCUACUCGCCCACAAUCGCAGCCGCCUAAACCUCAAUCUCCUCAAAACCCUAAUGCCCCCAAACUGCCGGAGCACAUCUCUGCCCUCUCUGGUAAUCGGCUUACCCUUCACAAUCGCAUUCUCACUCUCAUUCGUCAAAAUGAUCUUGAAGAAGCCGCGCUUUUCACCCGCCAUUCCAUUUACUCCAAUUGUCGUCCUACCAUCUUCACCGUCAAUGCGGUUCUCAAUGCACAGCUUCGUCAAUCGAAAUAUUCCGAUUUGCUGUCACUUCACCGGUUUAUUACCCAGGCUGGUGUUGCCCCCAAUAUAAUCACUCACAAUUUGAUUUUUCAGACUUAUUUGGAUUGUCGUAAGCCGGAUACGGCAAUGGAACACUACAAGCAGUUGAUAAAUGAUGCGCCUUUUAACGCGUCGCCGACGACUUACAGGAUCUUGAUUAAAGGGUUGGUAGACAAUAACAAGUUGGAGAGGGCAAUGGAGCUGAAAGAGGAAAUGACUGUGAAAGGUUUUGUUCCGGACCCUAUUAUUUAUCAUUAUCUGAUGGUGGGCUGUGUGAGAAAUUCGGAUCAUGAUGGAGUUUUUAAGCUUUUUGAAGAGCUGAAAGAAAAGUUGGGGGGGACUGUGGAAGAUGGAGUUGUUUAUGGGAGCUUGAUGAAAGGGUACUUUAUGAAAGGAAUGGAGGAGGAAGCAAUGAGGUGUUAUGAGGAGAAUGUUGGUGUUAAUUCAGUGGUGAAGAUGAGCGCCAUUGCAUACAACUCUGUGCUUGAUGCAUUAUGCAAGCAUGGAAAGUUUGGUGAGGCCUUGAUGUUGUUUGACAGGAUGAUAAAGGAGCAUAGUCCACCCAGGCAUUUGGCAGUAAAUUUGGGAAGCUUUAAUGUGAUGGUUGAUGGGUACUGCACAGAAGGGAGAUUCCAAGAUGCCAUUGAAAUAUUCAAGAAGAUGGGUGAUUAUAGGUGUAGCACGGAUACAUUAUCAUUCAAUAAUUUGAUUGAACAAUUAUGUAAGAACGGAAUGUUGACUGAAGCAGAGGAGCUUUAUGCAACAAUGGGUGAUAAGGGAGUGAGCCCUGACGAGUUUACUUAUGGCUUGUUGAUGGAUUCUUGUUUUAAAGAAAACAGGUCAGAUGAUGCAGCUGGAUAUUUUAGAAAAAUGGUAGAAUCCGGACUUAGACCCAAUAUAGCAGUUUAUAAUAGAUUAGUGGAUGAAUUGGUUAAAUUAGGGAAGAUUGACGAGGCAAAGUCUUUCUUUGACCUUAUGGUGAAGAAGCUCAAGAUGGAUGCCUCAAGCUAUCAGUUUAUUAUGAAGGCGUUAAGUGAAUCUGGGAAACUGGAUGAAGUACUUAAUGUGGUUGAUACUCUUCUGGAUGACGAUGGGAUUGAAUUUACUGAAGAGUUGCAGGAGUUCGUUAGAGGUCAGUUGAGGAAGGAAGAAAGGGAAGGGGAUUUAGCCAAACUUAUGGAAGAGAAAGAAAGACUGAAAGCUGAAGCUAAGGCAAAAGAGGCCGAGGCCGCAGAGGCACAGAAGAGAAGUGCUAAAGCUGCCGUCUCUUCUUUACUGUCAUCCAAGUUAUUCGGGAAUAAGGAAGGUGAGAAAGAAUCUGCAGAAGGCUCCGGUGAUGCAGCUCAGGCUGCUGCAGUGAACGACACGCAACCUGGUCAAGAAGCUAGUGGAAAUACUGAACUUGAAGAAUCUAAUUCUUUCAAGGGCACAUCAGAGGAAGUAUCAAGAAGUGAGAAUUGAACUGUUACAGAUAUUAAAGAGAGACGAUGCAACUUAACAGGUGAAAGCUUACAUCAGCUUUCAAUUAUUUGUUGCUACUUUACAUGGGAAUGUGAUCCUUUUUCUGUUUCGGUUAUCCAAUAUCCAAUUAGGCAUGAGAAACGAGUCUCCCACAUUUCCUGUCAAUUUACUAUUGUCCUAGUGGUGAUGGCGAUGCAUGGACUUUAUUGAUCCCUGUAUAAGUGGGAAACUCGAGUAGAGUUGGGUGAUUUGUAUUCCUUUUACAAACUUGUUGGAAUGCACUGUUGCUCUGUGAAGGCAAAUUUUUUUUUUUCCUAUAAGAGUUGGAACUUUUUACGUGCAUCUCUUGAUAAUGAAGUUCUAAAUUCUGUCCUGUA